AUGCACGCCCGAGGCAAGGACAACUUUGUUGCAGAUGCACUGUCUCGAGCAUGUUUGCCCGAAAACGACCUUCCGCAACCCUCUGCCGUGUUCAGCUCUGACUCUGAGACCAAAAUCAGCAACAACACAGGCCCUCAGCCAAUUACUGUCACCGCAUCAAUCUCGAUGCCUUGCCACUUGAGUCCAGAGAUAAUCGCAGCAGCACAAGCCACCGACACCGAACUACCAGAACUUCGUCGCACGGCUUUUGAGGUUAUACAUAACUUAUCGCACCCCGGAGUCAAGAUCACUGCCCGUACCGUCGCACAAAAAUACGUUUGGCCAGGCAUUCGCAAGGACGUCUCUGCUUGGAAUGCAGAAUUGUCUUACGAUCAUGGAUGGAUUCUCGCGUUGGCCUAUGGCGAUCCCACUGCCCAACACUCAGGCAAACACCGUAGCAAAAGCCUUAAACCUCUGGAUCAGCGCCCAUGGACUCCAAUCUUUAUCACCUCAGACAGAGGAGCACAAUUUGAGUCCGCACUCUUUCAAGAACUGACCAGGAUAAUCGGCGCCACGCACGUCAAAACCACCGCAUACUACCCUCAAUUGAACGGCAUGAUCGAGUGCCUCCACCGGACUCUCAAGGCCGUGCUCAAGUGCUCCACGCUGCCUUGGGUCAAUGAGCUGCAUUCGGUACUUCUUGGCUUAAGGACGACUUACAAAGAAGACCUAAAGGCCUCUCCAGCAGAGAUGGUCUACGGCACUUCACUCCGGGUCUCAGGAGAAUUUUUCACGACGACUACUUCAAAGGCAGACAGCUCAACGUUCGUAAAAGGUUUACGACAACUUUUCAAGUCCCUCAAAGCAGUCGCAGCAGCACACCAUUCGCCCGCACAACCUUUUGUUUUCAAGGAUCAUAACAAAUGCUCGCACGUUUUCAAACGAGAUGACAAAAUCAAGAAACCACUGGAGCAGCCGUAUACAGGCCCCCAUCGUGUCAUCAAUCGCAACGAUUCAAGAACGUUCACAGUUGAAGUCGACGGGGAAGCCAAAGUCGUCUCUACAGACCAAUUGAAACCAGCCCACUAA